GCGACGGUCUCCAGUAGCUGCGGCCUAGCGCCGGCUCCUGCGCGCCAAUCGUGUGCGGCGGGGCCCGGCCCGACCCGGGGAAGGACCGAAGGGGACCUACCGUGUCCCCACGGUGGCUGCAAGAGAAUCUAAGCAUGGAUGGCAGCCGGAGAGUCAGAGCAACCUCUGUCCUUCCCAGAUACGGUCCAACAUGCGUAUUUAAAGGACACUUGAGCACCAAAAGUAAUGCUUUUUGCACUGACUCCUCCUCUCUCAGACUAAGUACUCUCCACCUGGUCAAGAAUCACAUGGCUGUUCACUAUAAUAAAAUCCUUUCAGCCAAAGCUGCAGUAGACUGCUCAGUUCCAUUAAGCAUGAGUGCCAGCAUCAAAUAUUUGUUUUCCCCAUCAGAUGCAGACCAACAACGAAGAGAGAAACUCAAAAAGGAAUUAGCACGAUGUGAAAGGGAUUUGAAAUUAAAUAAAACAGCAAUGCAGGCCAAUUCUAAAAAUAAUUCCAAGUCACUAUUUAACACUCUACAAAAGCCCUCAGGAGAACCACAAGAUGAAGAUGUGUUAAUUGGAGAAGUGAAUGGAUUUUCAUCCUUUACAAGGUCACCAAGGUCACCAGUAACUUCUUCAGAGAGACUACACCUAAAUCUACCUAAAUCUGAUAAAGUCCUCACAAAUGGUACCGAGAAGAACUCCAGUUGCUCUGUGUUCAACGUGGAUUACACUGCCUCUGGGCCCAGGAGAGCAUGCUCUGGAACUUCAUAUGGCAGAGGGCCCAAGAGCACAUUCCCAAAUACCCACCGGUUUCAGUUAGUUAUUUCAAAAGCACCCAGUGGGGACCUUUUGGAUAAACAUUCUGAACUCUUUUCCAACAGACAUUUGCCAUUCACUCCACGCACUUUAAAAACAGAAGCAAAGUCUUUCCUGUCACAUUACCGAUACUACACGCCCGCCAAAAGAAAAAAAGAUUUUACAGACCAGCGGAUAGAAGCUGAAACCCAGACUGAAUUAAGCAGCUUUAAAUCUGAUUUUGAGACAGUUGACAUCAAGAACUCCACAGAUUCAGAAGAGAACACAAAGCAGGCAUCUAAUUGUAUGACAUAUGAUAUCAAAGGAAAAAUAGCUCCUUUACCCUUACAAGGGCAUGACUUACCAUGGGAUGAGAUUAAAGAUGGUACACUUCAGUGUUCCUCACCAAGGGCAGUAUGUCAGUAUUCCCUGCAGCUUCCUCCAGAGAGAAAACUCCACUCUGAUGAAGAAGAACUGUUAUAUCUGAGUUUCAUUGAAGAUGUAACAGAUGAAAUUUUGAAACUUGGUUUAUUUUCAAACAGGUUUUUAGAACGCCUAUUUGAGCGACACAUAAAACAAAAUAAACAUCAUUUGGAGGAGGAAAAAAUGCGCCAUCUGCUGCAUGUCCUGAAGGUGGACUUAGGCUGCACAUCCAGAGAAAACUCAGUAAAGCUGGAUGAUACUGAUAUGCUGAAUUUACUUGAUUUUGAACAGGCUGAGAAUUCAGAAGAAAAUGAAGAUAAAAGUAAACAUGAUACCACAAUUCAGCAGGAACGUCAAGAAUACCAAAAAGCUUUGGAUAUGUUAUUGUCUGUACCAAAGGAUGAGAAUGAGAGCCUCUCUUCACCAAAUGAAUUUUUCCUGCCCAUCUAUAAAUCAAAGUACUCAGAAGGGGUUAUAAUUCAACAAGUGAAUGAUGAAACAAAUCUUGGACCUUCGGUUUGGGAUGACAAAAAUCCGAGUGUCUCCGACAGCUUAACGGUCCAAGAGACCUCUGUGAAUGUCAUUGAAGGGGAUAGUGACACCGAAAAGGCAGAGAGUUCAAAUGAAUUAUGUUGUCUUAGCACAGAACUCUCCCCGGCUCUUCAGCUUCACAGUGUCCAAGGUGACAACAGUCAUGACAUGGCAGGACCAACUCUUAAAAUCAUGGAAAUGAGCAUUGAGGACUGCCCUUUGGAUGUUUGAUCUUCAUUAAUAAAUAUCCCAAAUGGCCAAUAAUUCAAUA